AUGGUGCUGCGGCUGGACGAGGAAGUGUCGCUGGCGAAGUUGCUGGCACGUGCUGCUGAAUGCACCGGCAAUGCGACCCGACGCCUCUUCGCAGAGGACGGCCAGGAGAUUCAGAGCAUCCAAGACGUGCGGAACGUCUAUGUCAAGACCUUGGCAAGUGGCAGCAAGAAGGCAAAGCCCAGCAUCGAGAAUCCGGCUAUGAGUAUCGACUUGGAGUUGGUCAGCACGGACGGCAGCAACUUCAAGUGGAAGUGGGGCAGCAACCAUGCACAUUAUAAAUUCGGAGAUCUUCUCAUCCGUCCCCUCUGGCGAACCUUGGCUGGCUCGCGUGCCGCAAGGUCUGUGGUGCAUCCUCCGCAGCCGCAGACGCUCCCCACAACGGGGAAUUUGAAAGACUGCCUCCCGGACCUCUGGAUCCAAUGCUUUCCGCUGGUGGAAAAGUACGGGCCUCUCGUGAAGCUGCGCAUCUUCGAUGACGUGGUCUAUGUCGUUGCGGAUCCGGAGAUCGUGGACAUCGUGAACCAAAUCCCCGACAAGCGGCUUCCCAGAGAGGUCUUCGGCUGUCCGGCUCUGGCAGGGCAGGGCGUCUUCAUCGCCGACGGCCAGCGCUGGGAGUUCGCGCGCCAGACCUUCCAGGCGCAGCUGACGCCGGAGGCCAUUGACAAGCUGGUGCCCAUCUUCGCCAUGCGCGGCAUGAAAUUGAAGGAGAAGAUCAGUACGACCACAGAAACCGUCGACAUUUUCAACUGGAUCGAGCGAACCACCAUGGACACCAUUUGUGACGUCGGGUUUGGGCACGAUCUGCAAUGCAUGGAAUCAGAAGACAUGCCGGAGCUUCUCCCGCUCUUCGAAGAAGUGCUGGAAGUCAGCAUCAGCACCAGCCUCUACGGCGCAUUCGAUGUCUUGGGGACGCAAAGGCGCUGGUUCAAGAGUCAGCUUGGCAAGUUGACCGGCAUGCUCGAUGAAAUCAUCGAGGCAUGCAGGGAAGGCAAGAGCACCGGCUCCAGCAACAGCCUGCUGCAUGCUUUGAUCGCGGCGAAGUGCCCCCUUACCGGCCGCAGCUUCACGCAGUCGGAGCUUCAAGACCAGCUCUUGACCAUGCUGGUCGCUGGACACAAGACGACCACGUUGCUCCUCACCUGGGCGUUGUACCACAUCGGCCGCAGCCCGCAAGUGGAGAAGAAGCUCCAUACCGAGCUGCGCCAGGUCUUUCAGGGCGAUGAUCGGGAGCCGACAGGAGAAGACUUGAGGCGCCUGAAGUACCUGGACAUGAUCGUCCGGGAGACCCUCCGCUUGAGUGCCCCCGUGCAGGUGGCGCAGCGAGGGCUCACGCAGCCCGUGGAGUGCGGGAAGUACACGCUGCUCCCCGGAGGCCACUCCGGCCGAGGGAACUCCUGGGUGGCGAUCCACAUCAUGGGCAUCUCCAUGAGUAAGAAGUACUGGGGCGACAACAGCAAGGACUUCAUUCCGGAGCGAUUUGAGCCGGCGAAGAUGCGGGACUUCCAUCCCUUCCAGUUCAUUCCCUUUGGCGGCGGAAGGCGUCUCUGCAUAGGCAACCUCUUCGCCAUUACGCAAGCCAAGACUGUGAUAUGUAUUCUUCUCAGGAGGUUCUACGUGCGCUGCUCUCUGGACAAGCCCGUGAAGAUCGACCCCAAAGACAUCGCCACACCUCUUCCUGCCGACAGGGGUGGCGGCGUGUGGAUGAACUUUACGAGCCGGGAGUAUGACGAGCCGGCGGCAGCAGACCUGGCUGCCGGCGUCGGAGAAUUGCACGAGGAUGCCUUUGAUGCCGCAGCUGCAACUCAUCCCGCAGAGUCCUUCCUGUCCAGACGAAGCCGUCUAGCGUCCGUGUCCUCCAGCGGUCCACGGCCCGCUCUGCUCGUCCUGUGGGGCGGCGAGUUCGGGACGACCUUGAGCGCUGCUCAGGAUCUCGUGGCCGCCGCCAAGCAGCGGGAAUUUCCAGUGGAACUGAAAUCCCUGGACGAGGUGCAGCCAGCUGCAUUACUGGCUGGGGACUUCAAAACCGAGACUGGCGAAGUUCCCAUCGUCUUGGUCCUUGUGGCAACAUACAACGGCCACCCACCGCCGAACGCUGCGAACUUCCUCAAGGAACUCGCGGAAGUCCCUGCGGCCGAGGAGGGAUCGAGGAAUCUCAGCUUUGCCGUGCUUGGUGUCGGGAAUUCCAAUUGGGUGUCCACCUUCGUGAAGUCCGCAAGAGACGUGGAGAAGCUGAUGAUCCGCGCUGGUGCAAACCGGCUGCUGCCUUUGGAGGCGGCUGACAAAAACGAUGUCUUCGAGCGCCAGCUGCGAACAUGGCGCAAGGCAGUCUUCGCUCAGUUUGCUUCGUCUCCCGAAGAGCUCGUGAAGGAAAGCGAGGGGCAAAGCCAUGUCGAGGCACUGCCCGAGCUGCUGAGCUUGGAGCCCUGCCCCGGCGCCACCGGCGCCACGUCGCUGCAAGCCAACUUUACAGAAAGGCUUGGAUACGCGACAUGCUCUGUCAGCAUCAACGAGGAGCUCUGCCUACAAAGCGAUGCAAGCAGCCCUUCGGUGCGACAAAUUGUGAUUGAACGACCCCAUGGCUGUUCCUAUGCCUGUGGCGACCACCUUGAAGUGCGCCCCAGGAACGCGGAAGCACGGGUCCUCCGCUGUUGUCACCAUCUCGGAGUCCAGUCCGAUGCCUUGGUGAUCGUCAAGGGUGUGAAGGACGAGGAGUUGCCCGCAGGACCCGUCGCCGUUGGCGAGAUCCUGUCCUACUACGUUGACCUCUCGGCGCUCCCGUCCCAGGAAACCUUGGCCUCGCUUUUGCCCCACGUAGCAAAUGCCAGCGAGGCUGCCAAGAUGAAGCUGCUCACCUUGACCAAAGAAGACUCGGAGUACGACCGCUGGAGCAAGGCUCAUCUUUCGAUCCUGGACGUCUUCGAGGAGUAUGCUUCCUUGAAGGUGACUUUGAGCAGGUUUGUGGAAGUGGCUCCGAAGAUGCAAUCGCGGCUUUACUCCAUUGCAUCCUCGCCCAUGUCCCGCGGCAAGAAUGUGGAGCUCUGUUGCCGUGUGGCGACAUACACGGCCCUUCCGCCAAACGGUCAAGAAACUAUCCGAGAGGGCCUUUGCUCCUCCAUGUUGGCGGCAGCCACGUCGGUGAUCUGCAAGAUCAAGGAAGCGCCGCAUAUGCGACUCCCUGCAGAUCCGACGAAGCCCAUUGCCUGCGUGUGCGGAGGCACAGGAGUCGCGCCUUUCCUGGGUUUCUUACAGGAAAGGGAGGUCUGCCGAAAGAAGGGCAUGCAGACAGGACUGGUGCACCUCUAUUUCGGAUGUCGGAAUGAUUCGGAUUUCCUGCAUAAGGCUCUGCUUCAGCGAUGGCACGAGGAGGGGCUGUGCUCGCUAAAGGUGUCCCUCUCGCGUCCAACGGACGGAAGUUCGAAAGAAUACGUCUAUCAUGCUCUUCGAAGGAAUUCUGCAGAGAUUUUGAGACUUCUGGAUGACGGCGACGCAGCUGGAUACUUCUACAUCUGUGGCUCUGCCUCCACUUUGGCCAAGGAUGUUACCAAUGUCCUGGUUGAUAUGCUGAGUGACAAAGGAGACGCGUCCACAGGCUUCACAAAGCUCACGGACUUGCAGGAGAAGGGACGGGUCAUCUUCGAUGUAUGGGGCUGA